GGCGGCUGAGGGGAAAGGGGAGGAGCGCCGAGCAGACAGCAAGGUUACACAUGAGAAGUCUGACGAGGAAUCAAACAAAGCAAAGAGAGGGAGAGAAGGGAAAGAACAGGUAGCGUUGGUUAGGAGUACGUUUCAAUCUUACCUCACAGCUAAUUACCACACUUCUCAGUGUGGUGAAAGCAAGCAAACAGAGAGCAAGUGAGAAAAACAGCAUACAAAAAGGGCACCUGAAGGCAUGAGACUAGAAAGCAGAAGUAACAAGAAAAGGAGGGAGAGACAGCAGCUAAAAAGUCGUGUCCAGCAGAUUAAUUGAGGAAGAGAAACAAAAAAGGAGAGACUAGGCUGUAGGGAUUGAGCAAGGGGGUGAAGUAAGAAAACAGCAGAUACUCAUUGACAGAGAGGACCGGACUUAAAUCAAUGGACUACUGACAUCAGCAAAACAAAGGAAGGAGAGCGUCAGAAAAGAGGUCACUGCGGUCCAGCUACAGUGUAGCUUGCUUGAGCGUGUUUACUAUGCAACUAAGACAGCUGAGAUAAACAGGAUCAAGCACAGACACAGUUCACAAAGACAGUCCUCACUGUAACAGCACCAUGUUGAUGAAAGAGUACCGCAUAUGUAUGCCACUGACUGUGGAUGAGUACAGGAUUGGGCAGCUGUACAUGAUCAGUAAGCACAGCUGUGAGCAGAGUGGUGGGGGAGAAGGGGUGGAGGUGGUGAGAAAUGAGUCAAGUAUUCACCCCCAGCACGGCCAAGGACAGCUGACCGAGAAGCGAAUCUACCUCAACAGUAAACUGCCGUCCUGGGCGAAAGCAUUUGUCCCGAGAUUCUUCUAUGUGACAGAAAAGGCCUGGAACUUCUACCCAUACACUAUCACAGAGUACUCAGUAUCAUUCCUCCCUAAGUUCAGCAUCCGUAUUGAGACGAGAUUUGAGAACAACAACGGCGAUAACGACAAUGUGUUUGGGGACACGCCGACCCCAGCAGAGAGUGUGAGUUUCCUGGAUAUCCUGAGUGACCCCAUCCCUGAAAAGCAGUACAAGGAGUCAGAGGACCUGAAUCGCUGGCAGUCAAGUAAAUCAGGCCGAGGGCCUCUAGAAGAAGGCUGGAGAGACAUCCACAAGCCCAUUAUGUGCUCCUAUAAGAGAGUGCAGUGCAGCUUUGAGGUCUAUGGCUUCCAGACCAGGACUGAGGAGUUCAUACACAAAAACAUUCGGGACAUUCUUCUGGUUGGCCACAGGCAGGCCGUAGCAUGGAUAGAUGAAUGGCACGGGCUGAGUUUGGAGGAGGUGAGAGAGUACGAGCUAGCAAUGCAGGAGAAGACCAACAGCAAAGUCAAAUCCAGCCAGAACAACACAGGCCCACCUGCUGCCUCUCGUCCUCCGUUCUCUCGCUCCAUCUCAGUGACAGACGAGCGUUCCCUGAAGAAGAUGGGAGUGACGACUGUGGCCAUGUCUGACCCAUCAGGCUCUUCUGUGCCACCUAGUACCAUUCGCCUCAACUCCACCCCUGAAUGAUGACACACACACAGAUUCACACAUACAGUAUAAUGUACAAUGCAAUCACACAGAAAACCAAAGUCAGCAUUCACCAGAAUCAUAUUAUUUCUCAAAAAGAAACAGUGACAUGUGUGUGGACAGUAGGUGAUGUACUGCCUAAUUUCUUAUUAUGUUACUGUAAACAGGAAAUAUUUUAUACUUCUGUUGUUAUACUAGAAUUGUGGAUUAAAAAAUUAAAUAUAACAUGUUAAUAAGUGAUCUUUCGGUGCGCUUGUAGGCAGAUUUUGGAACCAUUUGACAGAGCCAGGCUAGCUGUUUCCCACUUUCUCAAGUCUUUAUGCUAAACUCAGCUAACUGGCUGCUUGCGCCAUAUUUACUGUAUAGAUAUGAGAGUUGUAUCAAAUUUCUCAUCUAACUCUCUGCCAGAGAAUGAAUAAGUGUAUUUCCCAAAAUGUCCUUUAACGCCAUUGCAGAAUCACGCAUCUGUUUGUACGCACACAUUGUUGCUCUCAUCGCCACAUGUUAAUACCACACAAGUGCCACCCGAAACCCCCGAGGACAGACAAACACUUAGUACCUACUCAAAGAAAAUUUCCACUGUUGCCUUUAAAGAACCUUCCAGUGUCUUUAGCAGACUGUAAACGUGGUGCAUUUCAGCUUUUCCCCAGCUGCAGUCGAGCUCACCGGCUACCAGCUCCAAUUGUUUCUCAGCGCCCAGCCAACGGCCUACAGACAGAUGCAUAAGGAGUUUAAUAGAGUGGAUCUAAUGAGAGAGCAGAGGAGAAGGGGGAUUCUGUCAAUGCUAUGGAUCUGCUCCCCUCUCCAUCUCAGCCAAUAGGUCAGACCAGGUGCAUUGACAGAGGGCUGUGAGGCAUUGUAUUGGUUCCUUGAUCGCUUAGCCAAAUGGGUCAAGCUAGGGCUAAGCUUGAAUUAUGAGUCAAUAAUGAAAGCAUUUAUAAGAAGAUUAGCUUGAUUUUUUUUUUAAUGUACAUUUAGAAGAGAUCGGGAAUCAACAAUGGCAGUGCUGAAAACUAAAUUGAUGUGUAUAAUGAAGAAAUAAUAGUUUUCUGUUGCCUUAUUUGUAAAAACAUUCAGUUUGAGUGAAAAAUAUAAAUGAAUCAAGUGGAAAAUGUAUGUGGAGAUUACACUGUAUU